CACAAGCUUGUCACCACAACCUCUUUAGCUCCACCUGAGGACAGACGAGACAACAGCUCAGCUCAGAGUCACUGCACAACACAGAGGGAGACAUGGUGUCAAUCAAAGCUACAGUGAUGGGGAUCACGCUCCUCACCUUUUGUCUGCUGAUCACAGACACAUCAGCAGCCCGUGGCGGAUGUUGUCUAAGUUACUCGAAAGGCAAAAUACCAUUUUCUGCAAUCAAGGGGUACUCAGUUCAGACUGUCACAGGGAUCUGUCCCAUCAGUGCCAUCAUUUUCCACACAAGGAGGGGUCCAGCAUGCACCAAUCCUGGUUUGGACUGGGUGAUGACCUAUGUCAACCGCUUAAGGAAUAAAGCACAAAAGGUUCACCGGGAGACCUCGCAAGCGCACAAAUAGAGUUAUUCUGCUUUUUGAAGAGAGACGGUGGAGAAAACCUGCAGCAAAAGAAAAAAAAAAGAUGUUUCCUUAUGUUUUAUAUGUCUCUUUGCCUGUGUCUAUUUUUUUAUAUUGUUUUUAUAUAAGAUCUUGUAUUUGUAUAUAUUGUUAUCUUGUAAUUAAUUGAUUAAAGUUUUGUUAUGAAAAGAA